AACUGAAGAGAGGAAGAGGAAGGAGAAAGAGAGACGGAGAUCGCGCGGUCUCCUCCACCGCCUUCAGGCCUGCCUCGUGUCCGCCCGUCUGUGUGUAGCGCCGAGCGAUCAGGAGGACGAGCCAACCGGGGGCCGUCUGUCUGGCCCUUCGACACGCGGUGCGUCGACAGGCCGGCUGACGACGAAGACGACGACGACGACGACAACGAGCUCAGCGAGAUUGUCGUGUGCCAAGCCGCACGUUGCCUCUCUCUCUCUCUCUCUCGGGGAUCGCGAGAGACGAAGGAGCGCAGAAAGCAGGAUUAGGUGAGGCUAAAUACCUCGGGGAUCGUCCGCAGGACCUCUCAAGGUUGGCACGAAAGACAUAGACGGAGAGGAGGAGGUGGAAGAGGACUCUCGAGGCCGACACGAUGCGGCCCAGGGUCGCGACGACGUCAACAACCACCGGCGACGAGGAUGGCAUCUCGCGGCUCAUCUCGUCGCACCUGGUCCUGCGAAUCAUCAGCCUCCUCGCCCUAUUGGUGCUCGCCACCACGUGGAUACCGGUCGCCGAGGCUGUGAUAUGCAAAGAUUCGUACAAAUGCAAUUGUGCCGGAAUAAAAGGGUCGCCAGGAUUUCCUGGAAUAUCUGGGCCUCAAGGAACAGAAGGCCUCCCGGGUGACAUCGGACCUGACGGACCUCCCGGACCCAAAGGCGAGAAGGGAGCGGGAGGAGAACCUGGAGGUACCGGGGAGAAGGGGCAUCGAGGCGACGAGGGUUUACGAGGAUCUGUGGGAGCUCCUGGAUUUUCCGGUAAUCCUGGUAUACUCGGUGUACUUGGUCCGGACGGAUUGGACGGAUGCAACGGGACUGAUGGCCGUGCCGGUGCCCCAGGUAUACCGGGAAUUUUCGGGCCACGUGGUAGUAUAGGACUCUCGGGAGAUUAUGGUCCUCCAGGAGAGCCUGGCGAUGGGGGUAUCAAUUCGGUCGGCGCCAAGGGUAUUCGCGGACAACCCGGUAUCGACGGACUGGAGGGUUAUCGAGGAGAACAGGGCUUCACCGGUGAAAUGGGUUAUCCAGGAGACACGGGCGACUUCGGUUUACCAGGUGCCCCUGGAUUGCCAGGUAUGCAAGGUGACCGCGGUGACACUGUUUACGGUGUAAAGGGUCAACUUGGCGAACAAGGAGACAGGGGAGAGCCUGGUUCACCGGGUAAGGACGAAUACAAAAAGAAGGAGAAAUCAACGCCCGUGAAAGGCCCGCAAGGACCGAAGGGCAUGAAGGGCGACUACGGCGAUCGAGGUCACAAGGGAGAGUUGGGUACCAAAGGUCCACAGGGCCGACCAGGUUUCUUGGGCAUCAAAGGUGUGAAGGGCGAGCAGGGUGACGAUGGGCCAAGAGGUAAACAGGGUGUCGAAGGCCCACCAGGACCGGCUGGUGAGAAGGGAGAAAAAGGAGCUCCAGGUUUCGCUGGUUUGCCUGGUCAGGAUGGAUCCGAUGGUGAAUUAGGAGAAGAAGGUAAUCGCGGUCCACCUGGCAAGCAAGGUGCCGAAGGAGAACUUGGACGAUAUAUUCCAGAACUUGAUGAAAUAAUCGCCGGAAACAUCGGAAUUCAAGGAGAUCUUGGUCCUCCUGGUGAAUCGGGUCAAACAGGAACACCAGGUUUGCCAGGAAAAGUCGGUUUUAUAGGACCACCAGGACCACCAGGACCGUCUGGUAUUCCCGGUUUGUCGGGAGCGAAGGGUUCGUCCAUAAAAGGAGAACAAGGAGAUGAUGGCUUACCGGGACCCAUGGGACCUCAGGGACCUUCCGGACUACCCGGUUUAUCCGGAAUUAUAGGAGCCAAAGGAUUUCCAGGCGUAACGAUAAUUGGACCGCCGGGACCAGACGGCAGCCCAGGUUUUCCAGGAUUGUCAGGUCCGCCUGGCGAUCGCGGUGAUCCUGGCCCUCCAGGAGAGAAAGGUUUUCCUGGGAAAGGUAUAAGAAUUCGUGGACCGCCUGGAGAACGAGGUCUGCCCGGAACGCCGGGUAUUCCUGGUCCCGAUGGCUGGCCUGGCUUAUUCGGUUUUAAAGGUGACAAGGGUAUUCGAGGAGAUGACUGCGGUGUAUGUGCACCAGGUCUACCCGGGUUGAAAGGAGAACGCGGUGAACCUGCCUUGGACGGAUAUCCUGGAGCUUCGGGAUUUCCCGGAUUACCUGGUCCUCGAGGAUUCAAGGGAGUACAAGGGAAACGAGGUUCACCAGGACCGGCGGGACUUGAAGGUGAUAGUGGAAGAUCCGGUAUUGCAGGAAUACAAGGACCCAAAGGAGAACAGGGAACGAUAUUCUUCCCACCAGACGAGCAGCUUUUCAGCCCGCCGGGCGAUGUUGGCGAGAAAGGCUUACCCGGCCCUGAAGGACUCAGAGGUCUGCGAGGACAACCGGGACCCAUCGGUGACACAGGUGUACCGGGACCAAAAGGAGAAAAGGGUGAACAUGGUCACCCUGGAUUAUCUGGAAGGGAUGGUUCGCCGGGAUUCGAGAUCGAGUAUUUGCGAGGAGAUCCGGGAUAUCCGGGAGAGCCGGGAGUCAAAGGAAUACAAGGAGAUAGCGGUACAAAGGGAGAGCCUGGCGAGGCCUCGGAAUACGUCGCAGACAGUAAAGGUGACAAGGGCUAUAAAGGUGUCAUAGGAGACCGCGGAGAGUCCGGUUUGAAAGGUUUCCCAGGACCUCUUGGCGACGAAGGUCUAAUGGGAUUACCUGGUGAAUCCGGCCUCCCAGGUAUUUCACGGCAAGGUCCUAUCGGUUUAAAGGGAUAUCCCGGAAUGCCGGGAGAGCAAGGACCUCGUGGCACACCAGGUUCACCUGGACCGCAAGGACCAACUGGUUUUCCAGGUCGUAUUGGCAAUAAAGGUGAACGAGGAGAUCCAGGCACAAAUUUAACUUACGGCGAAAUUGGAGAACGCGGCUGGUACGGUUCAAAAGGUGACUUUGGUGAUCCUGGUCCUCAAGGAUUGCGUGGCCGACCAGGAGAGGAUGGUCCGAAGGGUGUCAGGGGUGCUAAAGGAGCUCCCGGUUAUGAGGGACUGCCUGGACUUCAAGGAGCCAAAGGUCAACGUGGAGAUAGUAUACAAGGUGAUCGAGGUUUUCCGGGUAUGCUUGGCCAGCCUGGAAUGCCCGGAAAAAUCGGAGACAUUGGUGUUCGUGGUCCUGAUGGUCCUUCUGGCUUCGACGGAAUGAAGGGCUUGAAGGGAGAGGUCGGUUUUAUUGGACGACGCGGUGACGAUGGUGAUACGGGACCUCAGGGAUAUCAAGGAAUGUAUGGAAGACAAGGUCUACCGGGCGCUCCAGGAGAUAAGGGAGAAGUCGGCGAGAUCGGCGAGCCGGGACCACUCGGCUGGCCUGGUUUUGAUGGCAUAGAUGGAGCACCUGGUGUUAAAGGAGAAUUGGGAGACGUCGGAUUUCCCGGGGCACCAGGAGUGAGAGGGUUAUCGGGUCCCAAGGGUAUCAUUGGCGACACUGGUCUCGAAGGACUAUGGGGUGCUCCUGGCGAAAACUCUUUUAGUGGUCCUCAAGGUGAUAUCGGUGAACCUGGUUUUAUGGGAGAAAUUGGACCGCCUGGUCUACCUGGAUUCGACGGACGGCCAGGAUUACCGGGAGAACCGGGAUUGUCAACUGAGGGUUUCAAUGGCCUACCAGGACAGAAGGGUGACGCUGGACUCAACGGAUACGACGGUGUCGUGGGACCAAAAGGAGAAAUUGGUGACAUGGGUCCUGAUGGCUUGAAAGGUGAACAAGGCAAUCAAGGUUUCCCUGGAAGGCCAGGCUUGUCUGGAAUACCCGGUAAAUAUGGCGUGAAAGGUGAAAGGGGUCCGAUUGGACCUUCUGGAUUCGAUGGAUUGAAAGGUAAACGAGGUCUCGAUGGUGAUCCGGGUAUAAUGGGCAGACCAGGUAAAUAAUCCUCUUCGGGUAUAAGAGGUCCCCCAGGUAUCUUGGGUGCUCCUGGAUCGAAGGGUCAAGUGGGCGAACCUGGCUUACCGUCUUACGCAUUCGCAGAGAAGGGUGAUUUCGGUGACCGAGGUCACGAUGGUUUCCCUGGUGUGAAAGGAGAACGGGGUGAAGCAGGAUACAUCGGAGUGCCCGGCCGUAAAGGUCAAAUUGGAGACCGAGGAUAUCCGGGUCCCAUUGGUUACCCAGGAUUACCUGGUUUCGCUGGUCUGCCAGGUGAUCAAGGACUUCGUGGAGCUCCAGGCUUGCCUGGUGAAUUCGCCGAACCCGGUGAAAUUGGUCGCGCUGGUCUGGAUGGUAUGCCUGGUAUCCCAGGUCGUCCCGGACAAAAAGGAGCUCCCGGUGAAUAUGGUCCGAAUGGACCUAAAGGAAUCUCUGGUGAUAUAGGCUAUAGCCUUCCAGGUCCUAAAGGAAUUACGGGAGACCCAGGUCCUAGAGGAUUCGUCGGUUUUCCCGGCGCACCAGGUUUGGAAGGAUUGCAAGGUUUCCCCGGGACACCAGGUCCGAAAGGUUUCCGUGGAGAGCCGGGAAUAUCUCCGAGUAGCACGAAAGGACAGCCCGGUGAACCUGGAUGGCUUGGACUAGAUGGUCGACCAGGACCAAAGGGUAUAAGAGGCGAUUCCGGUUUACCUGGCUUUGACGGAUUAUCAGGACCAAAAGGAGAAAGGGGAGAGACUGGUGAACCUGGUCUACGUGGAUUGUCCGGUCCUGAAGGACCACAGGGGCCGAAAGGAGAACCUGGCCUAAAUCCUUUCCCACCUUUCCCAAGAAAAGGACUCCCCGGUGAUAUAGGAGUUCCCGGAUUACCAGGUUUCCCUGGACUACAGGGAAUGAUGGGUGAACCUGGCAAGGACGGUUUGCCUGGACGACAAGGUGAAAGAGGCAUGAUUGGUUUCGCUGGACCACAAGGACCGGAUGGUAAAGAUGGGCCUGUCGGAUAUCAAGGUCCCUCUGGAGCAUCCGGACGACAAGGACAGCCAGGUUUUCGCGGCGCACCUGGUGCACCUGCGCCAAACGGAAUUGGCCCAAGGGACAGAGGUUUCUAUUUUGCUCGUCACUCGCAAACUGAAAUGAUACCAAUCUGUCCAAAGAAUACCGUGAAGUUAUGGGAAGGAUUUUCUUUAUUACAUACCAUGGGUAAUGGACGACCAUAUACUCAAGAUCUCGGCGCUGCUGGUAGUUGCAUCAAAAAGUUCUCUACUAUGCCCUUCCUAUUCUGCAAUUUGAACAACGUAUGCGAUUACGCCAAUCGUAACGACUAUAGCUACUGGCUUAGCACAACUGAGCCUAUGCCAAUGAUGAUGACGCCAAUACCGGCACCGGAAAUUGGUAGAUACAUAUCGAGAUGCUCCGUGUGCGAAGCACCGACCAGAGUAAUGGCUGUCCAUAGUCAAUCCAUGUCGAUACCCACGUGUCCGGGCGGCUGGAAGGAAAUCUGGGUCGGAUACAGUUUCCUCAUGCACAGAGAUGCAGGCGCUGACGGCGGUGGUCAAUCCCUAGUCUCACCAGGAUCCUGUCUGGAGGAGUUCCGCGUCAGACCGUUCAUCGAGUGCCGCGGUCUCGGCACCUGUAAUUAUUUCGCCACCGCAACGUCAUAUUGGUUGGCGACCAUCCGCGAUGAGGAGAUGUUCCGUAAACCGCUGCAACAGACACUUAAGGCCGACCAUACAUCCCGAGUGAGCCGCUGCGCCGUGUGUAUCCGCCAACGCGUCAGCGAAGAUUCUUAUGGCAGGACGACGGUCCUGAAACCUUUCACGUCAAACAACGAACGGGCUCCCAACAACGUUCAGUAUCCGCCGGCACCACCACCCCGUUAUCCGCCCGACUAUCAGCCUUUGCCGUCGCCACCCAGUCGUGAAAGGUAUCCCAACCACAGGCGCGGACCACCUUAUCACUACCGUAGGAGAGGUCGCGUGCGCGGCAGACACGGUGAACGACCGAUAGAAUCGUCCGAUAAUCUGUAGAUCGGCAACACGAGCACACACGCAUCGAGAACAAAUAACGACAUCAGUGACGUGCAAGGGCAUAGCAAGCCUAUGUAUAUAAAGAAGCAAGAGAAACUCUUUUUUUUUUAUAUUAGUUAAGUUAUAUCCCGGGCCGGGUGCUUUAGCUCGUAAACCUUAAACCGAGUAUAAAGACGAGGAUAACGCAUAUAAAUAUCCAGGAACCAGCAGUGAAAAGUUCAAGAUAACCCGGACGACACGCACGAGUCUGGAAAAUAUAAAGAAACCUUUCUUAUAUCUUUCGGUCUAUUAUCUUAUUUAGAAAAGAAACCGUGUCAGUAUAAAUUUUAGUUCAAGAUCGUUGAAGUGUAAAAUGAAUUUUAUAAAUUUCUCAGUGUUAUCGGUGUAUAUCCCCAGAAGUUAUAAUAAUUAAAUGGGAAGCGUUAUUUUUGAAACUCUUGUUGGAACCAAAAUCUGGACCGCUUAUCUUAAAACAUCCUUAUCUUGGACUCUUCUCUCGCUCUUGGGAAUAUGUCGGUGUUACUCGUUCUUAUCCUGUGUGCAAGGUUCAUGCACCUAGUCUUUUCCUGCCCGAUAAAAAGCGCCGUCGGCUGCCGUGAAGCCAUAUAACUGCCUUUAUGCCAAAUAGAAAAAAAAAUCCGUCGCGUCCGGCCAUCGCAAACUGCCAAUAACAUCACGCUCGCCGACGCGAUUCACGUGAUUACAGAAUAUUAUAAUUAAAUUAACGUUAUCUGUACGUUGUGUAUCGCUAUCGUAACUAUUAUCUUAUAUAUCGCAUUGAAUAAAGAUCUUUUUGUAUAAUCUAACCGAUGUCUUUCCGGAACAUUUAUCACUCCUUUUCAUAAAAAUAUUGAUAUAUUAUAAAUGUCACAUACCAAAAAUGAACAAUAAAUUAAAUGAUAAAUGAAACAUUGUUAUAAAUUAACAAUUUCCUGAAUUAUCAAUUUGUAACUUGAGAUUUUGUCUGCUUGAUGAAAAAAGCAAAAAAAAAAAAAAAGAAAUUGAGCUUGUUGUCUUACUUCUUUUCGUCAACGAGAUAAAACGCGAUAAUCGUUUAAAAAACAUAAAACAAUGAUAUCAUGUAAAAUAAAUAAAUCUCAAUUUUUUAAUCAAAUUAGUUUCUAUACUUUUUGAUGAUUAAAAAAAAAUAAUACAUUUUUUUUAGACUAUCUGUAAUCUAGAAAUAUCACGGUGAAUCUCUUCAGCAGGCCUGAAAGCAACAUAAACGAAGAUAAAUAGAGGAAAGGAGGGAAUAUCUUAAAUGUUCGCAAAAGCUAUUUAAAAGAGCCAACUGAAAGAAGCAAGAGCGUUGAAAUUAUUUGACAGUUUAAUAAAAGGCGAACGGGCCUUCCAGGACACGCGAAAUUCACAUACAAGCUCAUCGUACGAAAUGAACGUACACGGUGAGAGAGAUCGCGAUAUUAUAUUUAUAUUUAUAUUUAUAAAAUUAUUCAUCAUUAGAAAGCACAUAUGAUCUAUCUAUAUGACGUAAUUUGCUACGCACACCCGCGUACGAGCGUGCCUACGAACAACGCACGCAUCCACACACACACACACAUACACACGCAUACACACACUACGCGCGUAAAUCACUACGACGUUCUAUCUCGCGCACACUGGCAUAAGCACGCACACGCGCGGACAUACACAAACAUGUACGUGCAUACUAAUCUCGUAAUCUUUUUCCUCUGCCUUUCUCACGCUCUUACUCUUAUUCAUUCUUUCUCCUUUUCUUCCUCUCUCUCUCUCUCUCUCUAUUCUUUCUCUCAUACGCAUAAUAUACGUAUUCACGUUUACAGGCGAGUACAUGCCUAUGUAUGUACGUGUACAUAUUCAGAGUACCUCACGGAUGUGUUUUUUUUACGGAGAUUACAACUUUGUAACUGCUUUUAAUUGGAAGAAAAAGCAACAGGGGACGAGCAGGCCAAAUAUUAAUGUCAUCACAGUAUCAACAUCAUCAUUAUCAUUACCAUCAUCAUAUGCCAUUUUUUCGUGCCACACGGACGAAACGUUGAUUCGUGCUGUACAAAAUAUCAAAAGGCAACAAAAGCAACAACAACGCGCGCGAACAAAAUCAUUUCUCUUUCGCUUCUCAUUAUGUACAUUUCAAAAGUGUCCCGAUACUAGGGAAUACUAAUUAUUGUAAAUAAUUCGAAACUCAAAUACACGAAUCCCUUUUCCUUUCGCGGAGAAAACUUUCAAAAUUUAAAAAAAAAACACGAGACGGACGUAUAACGAUA